UGCUCGCGCUCCCGUCGGAAGGCGGACUCCAAGUAUUCUUCCCCAUCAACGCUUAAAGAAGGAGAAAAAUCUUGAAAGUCCGCCGGAAAUGGAUUCUCCAGCGGGCAGUGUUGGUAGUGACUUGAGACGUCAGAAUGAAGAGCUUCGUGCACGUCUUGCUGGAGAGGCGGCAGAUCAUAAGCGUCGUCUCGACGCGUAUCGUCGUGCUCAGCAAGGCCAAGCUGCAUUAGUAUCGAGACUGCAAGCUAAAGUUUUGCAGUACAAACAACGAUGUGCGGAGCUCGAAAGUCACAUGCUGGAGACACCCCGAACCGAGGGUUAUCGCACCAGCACGGCGCUGCAGCCGGCCGCUCUUCCCGCACCGUCGCCGCCUUCCACCGAUUCGCGCAGGGAUGAACGCAUUAACGACUUGGAGACUGCUCUGCGUCGACUGGACGAGGAGAAACGCAAGUGUGAGAAGUUGGUAGCCCAGAAUAAUUUACUCCGAGACCAACUGGAGGAGUCUCAUCAGCUAAAUGAAGCUCUGACAGGUGACUUGCAGAAACUGACCAAUGAUUGGGAGGCUCUGAGAGACGAGAUGGCAGUCAAGGAGGAUGAAUGGAAAGAUGAAGAACAGAUUGCACUUAACGAUACGCCCAAGAUUCACCGAGAGGCCCAUCAUCACGUCGGCAAGCCCAAUUAUAUGACUGCCGAUAUUUUACGAAGUUGCUCUUGGUCUGGCGAGGCUUUGUUCGCGCUGCAGGAGUCGCCACGGGCGGCAGGACGCGGCAAGCUCUGA